AUGGGAUCAAUGAGAAAUGCAUCAUUUUAUUCAAAUAUACCUAAAACCGCUGAUAACAUUGUUGGGACCAUUUAUUUAUUAUUUGGUAUAUUUUCUUUGUUUGGGAACAUCGUUCUUUUAUAUGUAUCCUACCAGAAAAGGCAAUUGCUGAGACCAGCAGAAUAUCUAAUAGUUAAUCUUGCUGUAAGUGACCUUGCUAUGACAUUGACGCUAUACCCUCUUGCCAUCACUUCCAGCUUCUCACACAGGUGGAUAUAUGGGAGACAUAUAUGUACGUUCUAUGCAUUCUGCGGUGUAUGGUUUGGAAUUUGCAGCCUGUCUACUAUAACAUUACUGAGUACCGUGUGCUGCAUGAAAGUUUGCUUUCCCACUUACGGAAACAGAUUUGGCCAUGAACAUGGGCGAAUACUCAUUAUAUGUGCUUGGGCAUAUGCAGCCAUCUUUGCCCUCUCACCGCUCGCUCACUGGGGAGAAUAUGGAACUGAACCUUAUGGUACAGCUUGCUGUAUCGAUUGGCACUCUUCAAACGUAAACAGAGUAGCACGGUCCUACACAAUAGCUCUCUUUGUGUUUUGCUUCAUCAUUCCAUGUGGAGUUAUAAUUACCUCUUAUUCACUUAUACUGGUAACUGUGAAGACGUCCCAGAAAGCAGUUGAGCAGCAUUUGGCUGGUCCACCGAAGAACAAUAAUGUGCAGAUUAUCAUAGUGAAGUUGAGCAUCGCUGUAUGCAUUGGAUUUUUUAUAGCCUGGAGCCCGUAUGCAGCAAUUGCUCUGUGGGCAGCUUUUGGAUCCAUAGAUGAUAUACCACCCCUAGUGUUUGCUGUACCCUCUGUGUUUGCAAAGUCAUCAACAAUUUACAAUCCUGCUAUUUACCUCUUCCUAAAGCCACAUUUUAAUAAUAUUGUGGUGAGAUAUUUCACAGUGCUACAAAGGUAUUGCUUGACAUCUUGUUUGUGCUUGGACGAUUUACACAGGUGCUUGUUAAACUCGUUAUUUAAACUGUAUCACAGUAGUUUUAAAAAAGGAAAUAAGCCAAUUUGUAAUUCACUAGAGUCACCUGAACAAGGGGAAAAAUGCAAAGAUACAUUUGAAUGCUUCAAGCACUACCCAAAAUGUUGCCAUGAAAUGCUGAAUGCUAUUUCAUAUGCUACACCAGAAGAAAUAACAAAAAAGGAUCAAAAAAGCGAAAACAAAAAUGACAAAAAAGCUAUAAGGGUGAUAGUGGUGGGACAGAAACAAUGUGACAUUAAUGACUUGGAAAUUAUUUUAGAAGUGACACCAGUAUGA